AUGGCGACGAGCAGCGAUACGAUUACAUUGAUUAUUCGUACAGCAAAUAAUAAAUAUGCUGAUUUCAAUCUUGAACUUCCAUUAUUGUUAACUGUUUAUGAUCUUAAGCAGAAAAUAGCAUUAAAUCAUCCAACAAAACCAAUACCUAAAGACCAACGAUUGAUAUUUUCUGGUAAACUUCUCGACGAUGCCAGUUUGCUCAGUCAAAUUUUUCUCAAAGCAACAACAGGAUCGUCGUUUAUGGUUCAUCUCGUACUUGACUCAGACAAAAAUGCAACAACACCAAAAGUUCGUCAAUCAUCAUCUUCUGUUCGCGAACAACCAAAACCGUCUGAAAAAGCAGCUCCUCCGUCACCAUCCUCUACAUACGAGCAAUAUUUACAAGAGUUAAACAAAUAUCAACAGCAAUUGCAUCAAUUUGUAAGCAACCCUGGCGGCUACACGCCUACAUCAAAUUAUGAAACACAAGCCUAUUUGCAAUACUGUUAUACGCAUUACCAAAUGCAUCAAAAUUUACUUGAUUAUCAAAGAACAGUCACACCAGGAAUGACAAUAUUGAAUCAAUCAUCACCGAAUAUAGGAGUGAAUCUUACUAGUAAUACAGCAGCAGCAGCACCACCACCACCACCUGCUGCUGCUGCGGCACCGGCACAACCGGCUGCUGGGAAUAAUAACGAAGUUGAACAAGAAAACGACUUACUAGGUGUAUUAAAUAUGCUAGUGGAAUUAUUCGUUCUGUGUUCAAUUAUCUAUUUCUACUCAACAUUCAGUCGUUUUCUUCUUGUCUUCGUUUUCUUUACUGUUCUUUACUUACACUGCCGUGGCUAUUUAUCCAUUCAAAGACGUCGACGUGCUCAAGUACAACCAGCACCAGCUGCUGCUCCUGCUACUCCUGCUGCUCCAGAACAAGCUGCUGAAAAUGAUGGAGAGGAUGAUAAUGAACAUGAACCCGCAACAAAUGAAGCACAAAACCAGAACGAUAUUCAACGUCAACGUUCUUCUACGCCUCCACGUGCUCCUGUGGUUGACAAUCAAGUGACGACAUCACGCCUUCUAAUGACUGCCGUAUCGACCUUUUUCUCUUCAUUAAUUCCUGAACGACCUCAACGUGCUUAG